CAGCGCGAGUCGGACGCGGUUUUGCGGUCGAACGCGAUUUCUUUGUUUUAGCGCUCGAAAUUGUCGAAAACUCUCGUAAAAAAAUACACUGCAAAAUAACUGAAAGUGCAUGCCAAGUGAACAGGAAAUAAAUGUUAAGUGUGUAGAUACAAGUGAGAAAAAGAAAACAAACAAAUUAGUUUGCGGUGUUUUUAAUAUAUUUUAUGCGGAUUCUGUGUUACAGUUUUCCGGUUUCAUGAUUAACUAAGAAAACAGUGAAAAUAUCCAAACAGUGCAUUGUGCGAUAAAAUUGGAUUAAAAGUCAAAGCAUUUAUCAGUGCCAAAUAGAAAUGAAAUACAAAUAAAUGGCAAUCAAAGGAAAUCAAAAUCAAAUUGGAUUAUCGCCACAGCUUCUGGGACUCGCCACAGGAUGUUGACUUGGCCUUCUUGUGGCUGCUUUCACCUGUCCCAGCAGCGAUAUUCCUCACACCUCUCCGCGUAGAAUAGACACUUCCGGUAUUGCAGCGCGGGAGCAGCGGCAAUCAGAGGCGCUGCCAGCAACAUCAGGCGAUAUCUGAGAUAUAGACAACCGAGAGAUAUAUAUAUUCGCCGCCGCUGUCGCCGCCUUGUUCUUCGCGAUUUCGUCGCCGUCAGCGUUCGCCGCCGACUGAGACGAAAGCUGCGAAGCAACGAGCGCCAGCGAAAGCCUCACCACGGACGCAUUUAUGGAUGCGGGCGGCCUGCCAGUUUUCCAGAGCGCCAGCCAAGGAGCCGCCGUCGCCCAACAGCAGCAGCAACAGCAACAGCAGCAGCAGCAGCAACACCAGCAGCAGCAACAUCUGAAUCUCCAGUUGCACCAACAGCACUUGGGCCUCCAUCUGCAGCAGCAACAGCAGCUGCAACUGCAACAGCAGCAACACAAUGCCCAGGCGCAGCAACAGCAGCAGAUCCAAGUGCAACAGCAACAGCAGCAGCAACAACAGCAACACUCGCCCUACAAUGCCAACCUGGGAGCAACAGGCGGAAUUGCUGGAAUCACUGGCGGCAACGGAGCUGGCGGCCCUGCGAAUCCAGGAGCGGUUUCCUCGGCUGGGGGCGACUCCAUGCCCACCAAGCGGAUGCCGGUCGUCGAUCGCCUGCGACGCCGCAUGGAGAACUACCGCCGGCGGCAGACGGACUGCGUGCCACGCUAUGAGCAGGCCUUCAGCACCGUCUGCGAGCAGCAGAACCAGGAGACCACCGUCCUCCAGAAGCGCUUCCUCGAAAGCAAGAACAAGCGGGCGGCCAAGAAGACCGACAAGAAGCUGCCCGAUCCCUCGCAGCAGCAACAGCAUCAGCAGCAGCAGCAGCAACACCAGCAGCAGCAACAUCAGCAGCACCAGCAACACCAGCAGGCCCAGACAAUGUUAGCCGGACAGCUGCAGAGCAGUGUUCAUGUGCAACACAAAUUCCUGAAACGACCCGCGGAGGAUGUUGACAAUGGCCCUGACAACUUUGAACCGCCGCACAAGUUGCCCAAUAACAACAACAAUAGCAAUAGCAACAACAACAAUGGCAACUCGAAUGCCAACAACGGCGGCAACAACAACAAUGGCUCCAAUGGCAACAACAACACCGGCAACAGCAACAGCAACAACAACAAUUCGAACAACAACAAUGGCCCCAACAACGGCAACAAUGGCAACAGCAACAACAACAACGACUCUGAGAAUCUAACCAAAUUCUCGGUGGAAAUUGUUCAACAACUGGAGUUUACCACAUCGGCGGCAAAUUCGCAACCGCAGCAGAUUAGCACUAAUGUCACUGUAAAGGCGCUGACCAAUACAUCUGUGAAAAGUGAACCAGGUGUGGGCGGCGGCGGAGGGGGUGGCGGCGGCGGUGGUGGAGGUAACAACAACGGCAACAACAACAACGGAGGCGGCGGUAACGGCAACAACAACAACAACGGAAGCGAUCACCACCAGCAACAGCAGCAGCAGCAACAACAAGGCGGCGGACUGGGUGGCCUCGGCAAUAAUGGAAGGGGCGGAGGACCCGGGGGCAUGGCCACGGGUCCUGGAGGCGUGGGCAUUGGAGUCGGUGGCCUUGGCGGCAUGGGCAUGCCCCCCAACAUGAUGUCGGCCCAACAAAAGUCCGCCCUUGGUAAUCUGGCCAAUCUGGUCGAGUGCAAACGGGAACCCGAUCAUGAUUUCCCCGAUCUCGGCUCGCUGGACAAGGAUGGCGGUGGGGGGCAGUUCCCCGGCUUUCCCGAUCUCCUUGGCGACGACAACUCGGAGAACAACGACACCUUCAAGGAUCUCAUCAACAACCUGCAGGACUUCAAUCCCAGCUUCCUCGAUGGCUUCGAUGAGAAACCGCUGCUGGACAUCAAGACCGAGGAUGGCAUCAAGGUGGAGCCACCGAAUGCCCAGGAUCUGAUCAACAGUCUGAAUGUGAAGUCCGAGGGCGGUUUGGGCCAUGGUUUCGGUGGCUUUGGUCUCGGCCUGGACAACUCGGGCAUGAAGAUGCGCGGCGGCGGCGGCAAUCCGGGUAAUCAAGGUGGCUUUCCCAAUGGGCCCAAUGGCGGUGGAGGUGGUGCCCCGAAUGCGGGGGGAAAUGGUGGCAACUCUGGUAAUCUCAUGUCUGAACAUCCGCUGGCUGCCCAGACACUCAAGCAAAUGGCCGAGCAGCAUCAGCACAAGAAUGCCAUGGGCGGCAUGGGUGGAUUCCCCCGACCGCCGCACGGCAUGAACCCCCAGCAGCAGCAGCAACAGCAGCAGCAGCAGCAACAACAGCAGCAGCAGCAACAGGCCCAGCAGCAGCAACAUGGCCAGAUGAUGGGGCAAGGUCAGCCGGGUCGUUACAAUGACUACGGUGGCGGCUUUCCCAACGACUUUGGCCUGGGACCCAACGGUCCGCAGCAGCAGCAACAGCAACAGCAGCCGCAGCAGCAACAUCUGCCGUCUCAGUUCCACCAGAAGGGUCCUGGCCCAGGAGCCGGCAUGAAUGUGCAGCAGAGCUUCCUGGACAUCAAGCAGGAGCUCUUCUAUUCCUCUCAAAACGAUUUCGAUCUCAAGCGCCUGCAGCAGCAGCAGGCCAUGCAGCAACAGCAACAGCAGCAGCAGCAGCAACACCACCAGCAGCAACAGCAGCAGCCCAAAAUGGGAGGUGUGCCGAACUUUAACAAGCAGCAGCAACAGGUGCCGCAGCAGCAGCAACUGCAGCAGCAGCAGCAAUACUCGCCCUUCAGCAACCAGAACGCCAAUGCGGCGGCCAACUUCCUUAACUGUCCGCCAAGAGGGCCAAAUGGCAACCAGCAACCCGGCAAUCUGGCGCAGCAGCAACAGCAGCAACCCGGCGGUGGUGGACCGCAGCAGCAGCAACAGCAGCAGCGUGGCAAUGCCGGCAAUGGGCAGCAAAACAAUCCCAAUCCCGGCGGCAACACCUCAAAUGCACCGCAGCAGCAACAAUCGACCACCACAACGCUGCAAAUGAAGCAGACGCAGCAGUUGCACAUUAGCCAACAGGGUGGCGGAGCCCAUGGUAUACAGGUGUCGGCUGGUCAGCAUCUGCAUCUGAGUGGCGACAUGAAGAGCAACGUCUCGGUGGCCGCCCAGCAAGGUGUCUUCUUCAGUCAGCAGCAGGCGCAGCAGCAGCAACAGCAGCAGCAGCCCGGCGGCAACAACGGACCCAAUCCCCAGCAGCAGCAGCAACAGCCGCAUGGCGGCAACGCUGGCGGAGGAGUGGGCGUGGGCGUGGGCGUGGGCAAUGGCGGUCCAAAUCCAGGACAGCAGCAGCAGCAACCAAAUCAAAACAUGAGCAAUGCAAAUGUUCCCUCCGACGGCUUCUCGCUCUCCCAGAGCCAGAGCAUGAACUUCAGCCAGCAGCAACAGGCAGCAGCAGCGGCGGCGGCGGCAGCAGCAGCGCAACAGCAACAGGCGGCGGCGCAGCAGCAGCAGGUGCCGCCGAAUAUGCGCCAGCGUCAGACGCAAGCGCAGGCAGCAGCUGCAGCAGCGGCGGCAGCAGCGGCGCAGGCGCAGGCGGCGGCCAAUGCCAGCGGUCCGAGUGUGCCGCUCAUGCAGCAGCCGCAGGUCGGAGUGGGCGUAGGCGUUGGCGUGGGCGUUGGCAAUGGAGGAGUAGGCGUGGUCGGCGGACCUGGUUCCGGUGGACCCAACAACGGUGCAAUGAAUCAGAUGGGCGGACCCAUGGGCGGCAUGCCGGGCAUGCAGAUGGGUGGUCCCAUGAACCCCAUGCAGAUGCAGAACCCUAAUGCCGGUGGUCCCACCGCCCAGCAGAUGAUGAUGGGUGGCGGUGCCGGCGGACCAGGUCAGGUGCCGGGCGCAGGAGGCCCCGUGCCCAAUGCCAGCCAGGCCAAGUUCCUGCAGCAGCAGCAAAUGAUGCGCGCCCAGGCGAUGCAGCAGCAGCAGCAGCACAUGUCCGGCGCCCGUCCACCGCCGCCCGAGUACAAUGCCACCAAGGCGCAGCUGAUGCAGGCCCAGAUGAUGCAGCAGACGGUGGGCGGCGGAGGCGUGGGCGUCGGAGGAGUGGGCGUGGGUGGCGUUGGGGGCGUCGGCGGCGCCAACGGAGGUCGCUUCCCCAACAGCGCUGCCCAGGCGGCGGCCAUGCGGCGAAUGACCCAACAACCCAUCCCACCCUCAGGUCCAAUGAUGCGACCGCAACAUGCGAUGUAUAUGCAGCAGCAUGGCGGAGCAGGCGGCGGUCCAAGGAGCGGCAUGGGCGUGCCCUAUGGCGGUGGAGCGGGCGGUCCAAUGGGCGGACCGCAGCAGCAGCAGCGACCGCCGAAUGUACAGGUCACGCCCGAUGGCAUGCCAAUGGGCUCGCAGCAGGAGUGGCGGCACAUGAUGAUGACGCAGCAGCAGUCGCAGAUGGGCUUCGGCGGACCAGGUCCUGGUGGACCCAUGCGACAGGGACCCGGAGGAUUUAAUGGAGGCAACUUCAUGCCCAAUGGUGCACCCAACGGAGCGGCGGGCAGCGGACCCAAUGCUGGCGGCAUGAUGUCCGGCCCGAAUGUGCCGCAAAUGCAGCUGACCCCGGCCCAGAUGCAGCAGCAGAUGAUGCGCCAACAACAGCAGCAGCAGCAGCAACAGCACAUGGGACCCGGUGCCGGCAGCAACAUGCAGAUGCAGCAACUGCUCCAGCAGCAGCAGUCCGGCGGCGGGGGCAACAUGAUGGCCAGCCAGAUGCAGAUGAGCAGCAUGCACAUGAGCCAGACCCAGCAGCAGAUCACCAUGCAGCAGCAGCAGCAGUUCGUGCAGAGCACCACCACGACCACGCACCAGCAGCAGCAGAUGAUGCAGAUGGGACCGGGGGGCGGCGGUGGUGGGGGCGUGGUGCCGGGCUCGGCCAGCAACAACAAUGGUGGCGUCGGCAACGGCGUGACAGCCGGCGGAGGCAACUCGUCAUCGACCAUUGCCAGCGCCAGUUCCAUCAGCCAGACGAUCAACUCGGUGGUGGCCAACUCGAAUGAUUUUAGUCUCGAAUUCUUGGAAAACCUGCCCGUGGACAGCAACUUCUCCACGCAGGAUCUUAUCAACUCCCUCGACAACGACAACUUCAACCUGCAGGACUUCAACAUACCGUAGACGUAGACGUGGACGACUGUCGGGAACCACUCAAACUUAAAAAACACCACCUCCAGCCAGCACCAAACACAACCACCACCACCAUAACCACCACGAUGUUGCCUCAGUUUUGUUUAGAUUUUUAUUUUGUUGCCUCUUGUUGUUAUUGGCCUGGGCAGCCGAACCCAACAGCCCCGCCCCCCAAGGCCCCCCGCCUCCCCCCGUUCCUGCCAACGAAGUUAUUUUGUUUGUUAUUUGUGUGUGAAUUUAUUCCUAAGCUAAGUUCGUUCGUCUAUGUACUCUAAUUUCGUGGACUCCACUGUAUUGUAUUGUAUUGUAUUUGUAUGUAUUAUUAGUAGAGCUGUUCCCAAGGUCCAAGGCGAGCGCCCACUGGGCGUGGCAGCGUGGCGGCGAGAGUUCGCAAGACAUUCCAUAUGCACCGGUCGAACUGAGGAAUUAGGGAAAUUGGAAAAGUAUUCGCAAGUACUUUAAAAUCAACCAAACAGAUUUCAAAAUUCACAUACACCGACACACACACACACAUACACUGAGAGACUCGUUGUGCAACUUAAGCACUUGUACUUAAUGCAAAUUUAUAGUGCCACGCCCAGCGGAUUGCACGCCCCAUUUCGUUUGAUUACUUAAGCAAAAGCCAGAUGAAAUGAUGGAAGCAAACGCAAAAAGAACCAACAACAAAACAAAAUCGAAAAAAAAA